AUGGGUUUCAUAAUACACAUCUUCGUUGUCUGUCUCUGGCUGCAACUGAUGAUUCUUCCAGCAGUGCAGGCGCAAGAAGAUGAUGGUGAUUUUUGUAAUUUUGAUGGAGAACGGAUACCUCGGGGAGCGAGCGUGGGAUCCAACUUUGAAACGCGAUGUGGGCCUUGGGAAGAAUGGCCCUGUUUCUGCAAUCCAGAUGUUCCCUAUCAAGUCGAUUGUCCCUAUUGUGGCUUUGCGACCAACACUCCCAAUCUGGUGAAGUGUGCCAAGCAUGACGAGACAGUUUCGUUGCUUGCGCUGUCAGAUGACCUCGGAAAGAAAUGCACUUGUGAUGCAAGUGAUCCAGCCUUCCCAGUGAGUAGCUGCGUUGGCGAUUUCUUUGCGGAUAAGUGUAUGUUUGUCGUGGAUGGGAAAACGUUCUGGUACGCAAAUGGGGAUAUGGUCGAUGUCGUAAAUCCUUGCGGAUCGGUGUCGGAUUACCCUUGCUUUUGCAAUCCCAAUCUGCAAGAUCAAUUGUACUGUCCUUAUUGUACGGUAACCACGCGGAGUGGUGCGGUCGAAUGUCUAAAGGACGAAGAGGUCAAGCAAUUCAAUAUAUUCCGACAAGGAAGCCAGUCGUCGUGUGUUUGUGACUAUUCAUCUCGGGGCAACUUGAACUUCCCAGCCGAACCAAGAUGCAAUCUUCCGGAUGGCUGUGCUGUAGCAGAAACAAAUGGUGCUACUACAUUCUACAGCGAUGGGGAGGAAAUUCGGAAUCGCGAGGGUAUCUGUGGAACAGGGUAUCCCUUCAUUUGCGAUGCGUCCGGCGCAUCAAUCGGCAGUGACAAUCUCACGUACCCGUACUGCCAAAUUAUCGACCAAUCCGGGGAAGUUCAAUGUGUCAGAGAUGGCGAGUCGAUAUCGUUGAUUGAUCGAUUUGGAGAAAGCGUCCGUUGUACCUGUCGGUUUGGAUCCUUGGGUCCAAUUUCAGAUUGUGUCGACUCGGACAUAUCAAUAACUACUCCGCCGACUAGAGCACCAGCUGAUUCACCAACAAGGGCGCCAACAGUGUCGACACGACCACUAUCAACAACACGACCCACAGUGAUUCUUUCACUGCCCCCACCAACACCGUCACCAGGACCUAGGCAGACGUCUUCGAACGCGGCAAGGCCGCGCAUCACUACUGUUGCUUCCGUCGCCUCGGUAGUGGCAGCCGUCGUUGCAACAUUUCAAUUAUUUUCACAAUAG